UCCUGCAAUAGAUGUGGUCAUUGUAUUGAUUCUUCCUGUAACAGAGAUAAUGGCAGUUGUACAUGUCAUGAUGGGUGGGAUCCACCAACAUGUACCUCCUGUGUCAGUGGACGAUGGGGUCCGUCUUGUCGUUACAGAUGUGGUCAUUGUAGAGAAUCUCCCUGUGACAAACAGACUGGAGUUUGCCAAUGUAAAGCUGGUUGGGCCGAACCGAGAUGUACACAUUGUAAUAAGGGUGUCUGGGGUCCGUCUUGUAAUAACAGCUGUCGUCAUUGUCGACGCGGAGGGCGCUGCAACAGGACGACUGGUUAUUGUCAGAACUGUGUUUGUGGAUACUGGAGUCAGUUCUGCAAUAUCAGCUGUGGCCAUUGUACACACAAUUACUGUGACAGACAGACUGGGAAGUGUCAUCGGUGUGAGACUGGAUGGGCUCUACCGAAAUGUACAGACUGCCGUGAUGGAUUAUGGGGCAAGUCAUGUAAAAGAAGAUGUGGUCAUUGUGUAGGAUCUACGUGUGACAGACACACCGGAACCUGUCCGUGUCAGAGUGGAUGGGCUUCUUCCAGAUGUUAAUAACCUCGAUGGUCCCCGAAUAUUACGGGGCGUCAUAGCAUUAUUUCUGCAAACGUGGCGGGUCGUAGCCCAUUGAAUGCAGCACAGGAAAAUUCGGUGACGAGUGCAAGCAAACAUGUGCGAACUGCAAAGGUUCGAACUGCCAUCAUGUGAAUGGGACAUGCGUUGAUGGGUGCAUUGCUGGGUAUACCAAACCCGAUAUUGGAUGUGU